CCGGGGUCCAGGCGGCGGCGGGCGAGGAGUCGGGCGCGAUGGAGCGGAAGAGGUGGGAGUGCCCGGCGCUCCCGCAGGGCUGGGAGAGGGAAGAAGUGCCCAGAAGGUCGGGGCUGUCGGCCGGCCACAGGGAUGUCUUUUACUAUAGCCCCAGCGGGAAGAAGUUCCGGAGUAAGCCCCAGCUGGCACGCUACCUGGGUGGCUCCAUGGACCUGAGCACCUUCGACUUCCGGACGGGCAGGAUGCUGAUGAGCAAGGUGAACAAGAGCCGGCAGCGGAUGCGCUAUGACUCCUCCACCCAGGUCAAGAACACGAGCCCUGCAGUGGGGGUGAUGGUCCCUUGGCUGACUGAGGGCUGCAGAGGUGGGCCAGGCCUUCGGCACUGUCGGCAGGAGGGUCACCACAUGGGCAAGCCCGACCUGAACACAGCGCUCCCCGUGCGACAGACUGCCUCCAUCUUCAAGCAGCCCGUGACCAAGAUCACCAACCACCCCAGCAACAAGGUGAAAAGUGACCCCCAGAAGGCUGUGGACCAGCCCCGCCAGCUUUUCUGGGAAAAGAAGCUGAGCGGCCUGAAUGCAUUUGACAUUGCUGAGGAACUUGUGAAGACCAUGGACCUCCCCAAGGGCCUGCAAGGCGUGGGGCCCGGCUGCACCGACGAGACCCUGCUGUCAGCCAUCGCCAGCGCCCUACACACCAGCACGAUGCCUAUCACAGGGCAGCUCUCAGCUGCUGUGGAGAAGAACCCGGGCGUGUGGCUCAACACCACCCAGCCCCUCUGCAAGGCCUUCAUGGUGACCGACGAGGACAUCAGGAAGCAGGAGGAGCUGGUGCAGCAGGUGCGUAAGCGGCUGGAGGAGGCGCUGAUGGCUGACAUGCUGGCCCACGUGGAGGAGCUGGCACGCGAUGGCGAGGCGCCCCUGGACAAGGCCGGUGUGGAUGAGGAUGAAGAUGAGGACGAGGACGAGGACGAGGAGGAGCCUGAACCAGACCAGGAGCUGGAGCACGCCUAGAGCCAGUGCCAAGCAGGCCCAGGGCUGUGGGGCGGGGCUGGGGUGCUGCACCCUGGGGCGGGUGGGCAGCCUCCAGGAGCCCCCAGCCCUGAGCUGUGCGACUGGAGUGGACGGAGGACCUGGGGCACCCUGAACCCAUUCCCCACUCGCUUCCUCACUGCGCCACUCCUGUUUUCAGGGGCCCUGCCUGAGAGCGCCCCACACCCCAGGUGCUGCCUGCACAGGGCUCAGCCCUUGGCCACCGUGAACAGGCCCAGGAGGGCAGCCCCCGCCCCAGGUUGCGUGGGCAUGGUCCAGACAGACACCUGCUCACUGCUUCUCUCAGGCCUGGGAUCAGUUCGCGCCUUCACUCACAGGCCAUGGCUUCCGCUGACCCUGGACUCAGGCUGAGCGCAUAGCAGCAUCCGCGAGGCCACUGCCUCCAGAACCAGCUGGGGCCACUCCAGAGGGGCCAUUCACAGCGUCUGUCUCCCCACAACACCUGGACUCCCUGUGGCCGCCAUCCCGGCUUCCCACAAAGAGAGAGCUGCUGUUGGGGUACCAGAACCAGGGCAUCUCCACGGGCUAGAGAGGUGUUUGCGCCCAGCCCCGCCUCCCAUCUGUACUGUGUGUGGAUGCUGUUCUCAUGCUGUGUUACCCCUUCCGGAAGGGGUGGAGGAGCCGCCCGCUGGAGGGCCGUCAGAGCUGCAAUCAGUCCUGACACCAAGGACAGGACUGGAAAGGCGCCUCUGUCAAUAAACCAGUGACUGGCAUGAGGCUGGUGCCCGUCACCACGUGGCUGCAUCACCUCUGUGCUGCUGCCAAGGCUUCCGGACACAGACCGGCCCACUGCUGCCUCACCUGGAGUCUGGGCCCUGGCGGCAGGGCUUCGCGGCCCCUCCCUGUAGACAUGGCCAGGGGCACAGGACCCGCACCAGGCCUGGCAGGGGUACACAAUGGAGAGCGAGUUUGAGGGGCCCUGCUGGCUCAGCUGUGGCCUUGGAUGUGGCCUGCCUCUGCGCCUCAGUUUUCUCCUGUGACGGAGAUAGUAGUGUCCACUUUGAGGGUCAAGGGCUGGGCUCUGUCGGUCACCAGCGAGGCCCAGGCAAGCGUGGCCACAGCCCGCGAGUGCCGACCAGGUGUGUCUGCCAGUUGAGCUGAGCUCCAGGCAUCAACGCCAUCAAGCACCAGCACCACCUCCACGUGCCCGAUGUUGUCCUGCCAGCACUGGACAGACUAAAGCAGCAGUAGGAGUGGUGCCCGGCAUGGUGCAUCCCGAGGCAGAAGCCACCUGCCUGGGCAGAGACUGAGGCCAGGGCCGUCCCUCUGUGCUGGGACGCCCAGCCCCCUGCCUGCCGGGCCUGCCGCCCAUAGACACCCAGCCCCUCUAGGGGAUGGAACCAAGGGCCAGCCGGCCAUCCCUGGCCCAGCCCCACACCUCGUCGAGUCUGCCUCUGUCCCCACAAGGACAUUUGGGGGCCAGGAUGGCCUGUGCAUGGGGCCUCAACUUCCCAGGUAGUCCCCGUGACCACCUCACUGUCCAACAGGCAGAGCCCACUGGCCUGUUCUCCCCCUGGCCGCCAGAGGUGUGAUCAGUGUCCCUGGGGAGCAGGUAGGACUGUGUAUGGCCUGGUGGAAGCCCCUGUGGCAGCUUGUCAGGCUCGCCGCCCUGCUGACCACCAUUCUUUCUAAAGCCAGUCAGAGCACUGCCGGGGGGUGGGGGUGAUCCAGCGCCCUUACCGUGAUCGUUGACUUGCUGAGGACCUGAGUGCCCGAGUCCUUCCCUCAGACCAGCUGUGGCCUCUCUCCCAUGGAGGACGGGCCACAGGUGAUGGGACAGCUGUGUCCACAGCCAGCUAGGGAAUAAAGCCAUCUGGGGCAGUGUGA